AUGGGACAGAUAACAGCACUGAAGGAGGAGGAAGAGGAACACAUGGGACAGAUAACAGCAGUGAAGGUGGAGGAAGAGGAACACAUGGGACAGAUAACAGCAGUGAAGGUGGAGGAAGAGGAACACAUGGGACAGAUAACAGCAGUGAAGGUGGAGGAAGAGGAACACAUGGGACAGAUAACAGCAGUGAAGGUGGAGGAAGAGGAACACAUGGGACAGAUAACAGCAGUGAAGGUGGAGGAAGAGGAACACAUGGGACAGAUAACAGCAGUGAAGGUGGAGGAAGAGGAACACAUGGGACAGAUAACAGCAGUGAAGGUGGAGGAAGAGGAACACAUGGGACAGAUAACAGCAGUGAAGGAGGAGGAAGAGGAACACAUGGGACAGAUAACAGCAGUGAAGGUGGAGGAAGAGGAACACAUGGGACAGAUAACAGCAGUGAAGGUGGAGGAAGAGGAACACAUGGGACAGAUAACAGCAGUGAAGGUGGAGGAAGAGGAACACAUGGGACAGAUAACAGCAGUGAAGGUGGAGGAAGAGGAACACAUGGGACAGAUAACAGCAGUGAAGGUGGAGGAAGAGGAACACAUGGGACAGAUAACAGCAGUGAAGGUGGAGGAAGAGGAACACAUGGGACAGAUAACAGCAGUGAAGGAGGAGGAAGAGGAACACAUGGGACAGAUAACAGCAGUGAAGGUGGAGGAAGAGGAACACAUGGGACAGAUAACAGCAGUGAAGGUGGAGGAAGAGGAACACAUGGGACAGAUAACAGCAGUGAAGGAGGAGGAAGAGGAACACAUGGGACAGAUAACAGCAGUGAAGGAGGAGGAAGAGGAACACAUGGGACAGAUAACAGCAGUGAAGGAGGGGGUGAGAAGCUGA